AUGCAGCUCACCAUGUCGCCACUGAGCGUUUCCGCGUUCUCACUUGCCGCUCUCUUGUUCUCCGCCAGCGUGUUCGCUGCGCCUAUAUCGCAGAAUCUCACCUCACUGGGGCCGAGGGAUGAAAAAGAACCUUGCUACUAUGGAGAUGAGCUGACCUUCCAAGAUUAUUUCUACUAUCUGGAGUUGAACUAUCCGACAGACAAGAUAAUGCUGUGGAGCGGCGGUUCGGAGACACAGGUGCAGGCAUUCAAAGCCGUCAACCCUGAUUACCUGUACUACGAAGACGUCUUUACCUACGAGCCCGGCAAUCCCUACGCAAGGACAUGGCCUCAAGACGAGAACAAAUGCUACCGCCCUGAUAACGCCGAGGCGUCGUCCGAAGCCAUUGCUGCAGUGGCCACCGGCGAUGUCUUGGCUUUCGGCGCGGUCCAGUGGUCACAGACCGAGAAGGGGAGAUGGACUUUCUUCGGCAAACAAGAAAUGCACUGGGUAAAAAUCAACCUCGGAAACGGGCGCUUGAGCAAGAUGUUGCACAUGGUCAAGGAUACAACAGACCCAUCGCAGGUCCUCGCCGAGGAGGACGCCGACGGGAAAAUCACCUACGUCAAUGGCUACGCCGACGGGACCCCGAACUCCACCGGCAAUUUCGAUGAUGGCCCUUAG